AUGAAUCACCGCGGUGUCGGAUGUGAGGUGGACAAGGACGACUUCAUGUCGAUCGAGGACGAACAGUGGAUCACCGAUGGCGUGGUGGACUUUCACAACGUGCUGCUUAGCAUCAGGAAGCCGUCGCUCCGCGACGGCAAGACAUGGGCCGCCAUGGACUGCAAGGCCUAUUCACAGACGACAGCUGCGCAUGGAGUGCCGUUAACGCUGGGGAGUGGGCGGCCGCUUUUGGAACACGAUUAUCUUGCGAUCCCGGUCCUAGAGUCGUUGCUGUCCGAACUCGCAAAGGCGAGUAACCCAAACGCUAACAUGGAGGUUGUGGACAGGACGCUGAGCGCGGCGGACUGCGUAAUUCUACGGGAACUGGGGAUUGAAGUCCCGCCGCAAGACGAAGGCCUGGUUACCGCAGAGGGGACAGUGGUGCAGGUGAGAAACACUGCGGAGGGAGAUGGGAGGCAGGCGCCAAACACUCGCCAUGAUGAGGACGCUCGGUUUACGGAGAUGACGAGGCGCAUAGCAUCGCUGCAUAACGAUGUGAGGUAUCUGGACGCCAGCUUCACCGUGAUCGCCAACUUCGUGGGCCUGAGCCGGGACGAGGUGGUGUCCGCUGCAACCCAACUGCUGCUGCAUGGAGGGGUCGCGGGGAACGGCACGAAAACAGAGGCGGGUGGCAACAAGCAUGCGCCACGCACACCCCAGCGUCCGUCUGCCCGGAAGAGGCGAGAUGACAGCAGUCCUGAGGAGGACGGCGUGCGCAACCUCACCCAGGUGGCGCUGGCCUCCACGUUCGCCGCAUGUGCGCCGACACCGAGCCUGCUGCAGAACCCGCUGAUCUCGAACGGGGCCAUACCUCCCUGGAUGUUGACGCGCCCGCGGCUGCUGUCCGGCACGGGUGUGCCAGCUGGACCUGACGUGUGGGGAGACAGGCUUGGGCAGGAGACGGCGAAGGCCGACGAAGAGGAGGAUCUCGUGUCAGACUCAGAUGACGAGGACGGUGGCGAAGAUACAAGUGCAACCAGGUACACGGGUGUGAAGCUGGAUCCGAACACCGGCAAGUACUGCGUCAAGAUUUUGUUUAAAGAACGUGGGAAGCGCAAGCAGCAGAGACUGGGAGGGUACACCACUGAGGAGGAGGCGGCAUUUGCAUACGCCGCCGGUGCGUUCGUGCUGAGGCCUAGCGAGAGGAUACCCAACACCGUCAGCCUGUCGGCCGCAGAGAAGGCAACGCUGCGGGGGUGCACCAAAGAAGAUUUACAGACCCUGGUGGAAGCGAGGAAGUGGUGGAGGUGGAGGAGUUGGCGUGAGGCGCUGGAGAGCGUGGGCCAGCGGUUGAAACGAGUGAGGAAGCGUGGGGGUGCAACAGGUGCAUCAAAGAGGCGCAGGGUUGUGGACCACGACCACACAGCUACCAACGACCCAGCGGCAACCGACAAUGCUGAGAGUGGGGGGACGGCCCCAGUGACAAACGAGCAAGGCGGAGGUGCAAGGGACAAUGACCAGGAAGAGCGGAGGGAAGACACUGGAGCUGAGGAGAAGACAUCAGAGAUGGCUGCAUAA